UAAACAUGUCUCAGAUUAACCCGCUGGUCCGGUCCGGGUUUUACAACAGUGGCUAUAAGCCCCUUCAAAAACCCACCAAUCUUUCUGCGUCUCGGUGAGCAAGAUGAAGGCAACAGCUUUACACAAUCUCCUCUCCUCACCACCUCCAAAAAUCAACCAUCUCCUCCCCCCUCACCAACACCAACUGCCACAUGCUAGCUUCACAAUCUCCAAGGGUCCACUGUUCUCCUUCUUUUCUUCUAGUGGUGCAAUCAGAGCCGUUGAGAGAAGACGCUUGUCAUCCAUCUGGGAUGAGAAGCCAUAUGAGUUACUAGAAGAAGAUGUUGUCACAUUUCUUGACCCACCUAAGGAGCUUAUCCCUCUUGACCCUGACACUUACAAUCCAGCUGCUUACCUCUGGAGUAAAAUUGAAGAUAUACCAGAAGAAAGGCGUCUUAGAUUGCUGUCUCUGAUAAAACAACCUAGGCUAAUAUCAAGAUCUUGGGAGAUAGCUGGCAUGAGAUAUGAGGAUGCUAAGUUAGCAAAGAAAUGUGGGUCUGACUUGCUGUGUUGUGAAGAUGGUGAAUUGUCAGUUGAGUUUUAUAGUUGUAGAAGUAAUGGAGGUGGUUUGGAUGUUUCUUGGAUGAAAUCGUUCAAGAUGGUUAUUUUCCGUUGCGAUAAUGGGGAGGUUUAUGGGAGAUUCAUUGGUGGAUCAGUGCUGGCUCAAAUCACAAAAACCUUUAGUCCAUUGUAUUUUAAGGUCGUGGAGCAGAAGGAAGUAAUGUCUACAGAGCAGCCCUGUGAUUUAGCAUAUGAAUUUGGAGAUGGGCACUUGGAUCUCUGUAAUUAUCCACGACGCUUUCCAAUACCAGAAAAACACCCGUACCCUUUCGAUGAUCAGGUUGUCAUAUAUAUUCGUCAUGUUGGACCUGGGGUGCUAGUGGGGCAAGCAUGGCAAGAAGGGAAGGAAUUACAGCAAGUUCCUCAGAAGUUAUGUGAUGAGAUUUUGAUGGUUAACGAUUAUGCACCACCCAGAGAAUAUCCAUAAAAAUUGUGUUUAUUUCCUUAACUUAGUUGAUCAAGAGCAGCUGAUCAGAUCUUGAGCCCUCAAGUAGAAUAACUAGAAACAAUCCAUGACAAGCUUUUGAAAUGGUCAUGGAAGAAGAAAAGAAGUGUAGUUUCUGUAAUGCUCGUCUAGUUCUGUUACAGAAUCUUGAAGCUGGCUUCUGUCAUCUAUGAAUUGUAAUAUCAAAGGGAGAAAGAGGAGUUUUAUGUGUA